AUGUAUUCGGAUACGGGUUCUGUGAAUAAUGACGGUAGGUCCUUUAUGGAUGUUGGCGUGACAGAAGACAAGGUUUCUUCCAACGCCACCGUAUGUGAUGUAGAGACGCCGAAAUCAAACGAUGGACCAGUUUUAUUUGGUAGGUACUCUGCUAGCUUUCUAAAAGAACGCGGAAAUGUCGUUUUUAAAAGCGGAGACUAUUUUGCGGCACGCGAAUUAUAUACGAACGCCAUUGUGAGACUGGAGCACUCGGAGAAUGACGCUCUGGCAGCACAGUUGUACUGCAACAGAGCAGCAUGUCACAUCGCGAUGGAUGAUUUCGACUCCGCUGUGUCCGAUGCCACAGAAGCCCUAAUGCUUGAUCGUUCAUACGUGAAGGUGAGCUUAAGAUUUAAAUUUGUCGUACGGCGCCAAACAUACAUUACAUUUAUAAUUGACGUAAUUGUGAAACAUUUGUAUGGGAUUUUGUGCAGUCGAUGGUUGAAAUAUGAAGGGUGUAAUUGUUUUUCGGUAACGGAUUUGUUGUGGGAGACUAAGGCACAUUGA